AUGGCUUUGAAAAGGAUUUUGAUAUUUUUGAUGCCUGCAAUUGUCGUUUAUGCCCAACCCGCAUGCACGAGUUGUCCACCAAAUGGUAUUUGGUCUCAAUGGGCUGACACAUCACAAUGCACAGCAACUUGUGGUUUAUGGGGAACGAAGAAUCAGGCGCGCAGCUGCACUUCUGCGCCAUUGGGAUGUCCCUGUGAUGCAGAACCGACAACGCGAACCACCGCUUGCCCGGUGAGUCCACUUUGCCUAGGCACCGUGUCACAACAAUGUAUGCCUCCUUAUUCAAAGUGGGCAAACAAAGUGACGAAAAGAAAUGAGUGCGGGAAUGUGACCGCGUCAACGGAUUACGUGACACCAUCUUGUGUGAUGCCUGGCCCUGCUUGCGGCUUCUGCACCUCUUCAACCCCGAUAUUGCCUAUUGUUACCGAUGGAUCGAUCGGGGAUUCUCCAUUUGCAUCAGAUGUACUCACAACCGAUUCGAAUGGUUGUUCGUUGCGCACAUUCACGUGUACAUCGACGGCCCCUGGUGAACCGCCGCCAUGGCCUGCAACGAUUGAGGCAAACAACGACCUAACACUUUGCGACAGUUCCGGCAUUUCCGACACUUGCUCUUCAUCACUCAUUUGUAACUCGGACGGCACUAUGUGGACGUACACGGCCAGUGGAGCCACACUAAACAUUGAAAGGAUUGGUUGCUCGGCGGUCACCUGUGAGACAUAUCCCAAUGUUGUUACAACUGAUUCUAAUGGCUGCUCAGUGCGCACACUCACUUGCACCUCAACGGCGACUGUCGAUGCGCCAUGGCCUGCCAGCAUUAGUGCGAACACCGAUGCGACUUUAUGCCAGAGCGCUGAUGGAGAUGAUUCAUGCAGUGCGGCGAUAAAUUGCAAUACGGACGGAACUGCGUGGACGUUUACUCAAAACUCGGUCACAAAUGAUAUCACAAGACUCGGUUGUCUUGCAGUAAGCUGUGAGAGUUAUCCCGAUUACUGU